AUCCCCUAUAUCAUAUUUCUGACCGAUGACAUGACCGUCCUUUCCGGUAGUGUCUUUACUCCGAGCAAGUCGUGGGACGACUCAUUAUUAUUUAUUUUGUGAUAAUCUUUUAAAUCUCCUAAAAUGAGGAUCUACAAAGACAUCAUUACUGGUGAUGAGAUGUUCUCAGACACAUAUAAAAUAAAGUUGGUCGAUGAAGUUUUGUACGAAGUGACCGGCAAAUUGGUUUCAAGGUCUCAAGGGGAUAUCCAAAUUGAAGGUUUCAACCCAUCUGCUGAAGAGGCUGAUGAAGGAACUGAAACAGCCACGGAAUCUGGUGUUGAUGUGGUCUUAAAUCACCGCCUUUGUGAAACUUUUGCCUUCUCAGAUAAAAAAUCAUACACUCUUUAUUUAAAAGAUUAUAUGAAAAAAUUGGUGGCGAAAUUAGAGGAGAAAUCACCAGAACAAGUUGAGGUAUUCAAAACAAAUAUGAACAAAGUCAUGAAAGAAAUAUUAAGCCGUUUUAAAGAAAUGCAAAUGUUCACUGGUGAAUCAAUGGAUUGUGAUGGCAUGGUUGCUCUUAUGGAAUAUCGUGAAAUAGAUGGUGAAUCUGUUCCAAUUCUGAUGUUCUUUAAACAUGGUCUAGAAGAAGAGAAAUUUUGAACAAUACAACUAUUUUAUUUAUGUGAAACUCCAUCUUAAUAUUACUGU